AUGACAUUUGGUUCUUCUGGCUUGCCGUGUUUCUUUCAAGCGUCGCGCCUUGUGCACAAUUUUGCCGAAGCUGUUUUAGCAGCCAUCGCAGGGAAGUCGAGCUUGAAGCUGUAUGACCGCUUUCCGGCAAUCCCUCCCUUUGCAAUGGCCGCUUCUACCAAGGAUGCCCUCGAGCUGAUAGAUUCGAUAAACAGCCUUCAGAUUUCAGCUCAUAUCGACACUGCAUGCUUUGCUUUAUUGAUUUACGAUUAUUUGCUCACGUUUGAGGAUGAACGCACAUUGAUAUGGCAAUCGGAGUGGUCUUUCGCCAAAAUUGUGUUCCUCAUUACUCGCUAUUUUCCCGCCAUAGACUUGUCAAUGACUACCAUGUACCACUUCGGAAUCUUCACUCUUGAUGAAUGUUACCGAAGAUAUAAAGCGGGCGGGCAUCUCAUUAACACCGGAAUUGCCAUUGCAGAACUCAUCCCGAUCGUCCGGACAUGGGCAAUAUGGGAGAAAAGCCGAACCAUAACCAUCAUACUCUUCAUAUGGGCUGCUAUUAACGUUGGUAUCGAUAUUGUAUUCAUUACUCUCUACUUUAAUGCCGCUCAGUUCGCGCCACUACCGCCGGGUGUUCCUGGCUGCCUCCUGGUCUGUGCUCUCGCAACAUAUCUAAAGCGAGUAGCUCAUGUGGCUUUCGAUGCAAGGGAUCCAGUACUGAAGGGCAUUCAGUUGUAUCGAGAAUACGAAGACAAGCAACUUCGAAAUUCAGUACUAUUUAAGGCGUUCUUCGCAAACGGUGUGAUCUUUUACGUUUAUAUAUUCGCACUCUCCGUCGCAAAUGUGAUUGUUAUCACGACUUUUCCGCGUAAUUUUGCAGGAUUACUUGCAAGUGUUGAACGGGUUGCACAUGCGGUACUGAUGGAGCGACUAGUAUUUACCCUCUGUAAAGCAGCAAGACCCGGGCUGGACGAGCAAUACCUGACCAAACUUGAUACAAUACGCUUUGAACGAGGCCAAAGAGGACCUAUCGAAACUGAAGUUACAACAGGCACUUUAUUGUCGUCUUCUGCCGGAAAUUGAAUUUGUCCGGUCCUUUAACUUCCGCGGCUUCUGGAAAGGAACGCGUAAAGAAAGAGAGUGCUGAUAGAUCUGAUGCUUGACUUGAUUUUGCCGUGCAGCACAUCCCUUGUAAUAGCUGUCUGCAAAUAACCACCGAGUAGUUGGAGCAUACUACCUUUCCCAUUUUCA